UUUGUUUGCAAGGUUUCAUUGAAAAUAAUAACAUUGAGAUUGUCCUAUGUCUCGUAAUCUCAUAUUGAAAGUGCCAUCGUUGAUACUUUACUGUUUAUUAUCGUGGGAAUACUAAAAGUUUUGCAAAAUGAUCAAGGGGGAAUUAAUUAUCCUAUAAUUUGGAGACUGCUUUGGUGUGAUUACAUUUGAAUCACUCAGCAGAACAAACACAGUGAUGUAGUAAUGAAAAGAAUUCGACGGAAAAUAAACCGAAAAUGGAUGCUUUAAGUGUGCUGAUUGUGAUAGCUCUGAUACAUUGUGCACUAUUCUUUUUCGAUACUAUUUUUAAGUCCUGUUCUCAUUUACCAUAUUUCUAUUUUCUGAAAAACACUGGCUUGGAAAUUCAGAUAUUAAGAAUAAAAUGGUUUACAACUGCUUUCAAUCGCAAAAUAAUAAAAUGGGGAAUGGACCGUUCAAGGUUUUGGAAUGCUUGGUUUAAUGCUGGUGCUAUCAUAAGUAUUAUAUUAUUACCAAUAGCUGUUGUCAUUAUCUUAAAGAUGACAUUUAACAUGUGGCUAGCUGGAUCUUCAAGUGAUGCUAAUUCAGGCGCUAUAUUAGAGCCCAUGCUACCAGGAGUGGAUGUUCCAUUCAAUGAACUUGGCUAUUAUGUAGUAACAUUAGCAAUAUGUAGUAUAGUACAUGAAUUAGGACAUGCCCUUGCUGCAGCAAGAGAAGAUGUGCAACUGUUUGGUUUGGGAAUCUUAAUCUUUUUCACCAUUCCAAUAGCUUAUGUACACAUAAGCAAUGAGCAACUAGUUGCAUUACCUUUACGAAAUCAAUUGCGUGUUACAUGUGCAGGAAUUUGGCACAAUAUCGUUCUUGCUACAUUAGCUGCUGCAAUCCUUGUGUUUUCUACAUGGUUAUGGGCACCACUCUACAGUCUUGGCUAUGGGGUUUACAUAAAGACUAUUUUACCAAAUUCACCUGUAUUAGGACCGACUGGGCUGUUAGAACGCGAUGUAAUAUACAAGUUAAACAGUUGUCCUGUAAGGAAUUAUGAAGACUGGUAUGAUUGUAUACUGCACUCAGUGCAACAUCCCACUCCUGGUUAUUGCGUUAGGCAGUCGUUUAUCCAGGAUUUCGAUGAGUCUGUGCCAGCCAAGCAGAAAACGAACGGAGUUGUAAAUUGUUGUACAGCUGAUAGUGAAACAAGUGGUAGUCUGUGCUUUGAAUAUAUCGAAGGUCCGCAAGCCGCCCCUCUUCAUCUGCCUCCGCAUUCUUGCCUCCCAGCAAGGAUGAUGAUUAAUCAGUCACAAAAUUUUUGUCAAGCUAGUCACGAGUGUUUAUCUCAGGACACUCAUUGUAUGAAACCUUCCUUAGACAAUGUGACAAAGAUUGUACAAAUAAAAAGGAAAACAGGUAAGGAUGUGUUAUUUUUUGGUCAUCCAGCAGAUAUUUAUAGGACCGUUGAUACAUCAGAUUGGGUACCAAAGUACUCUUUUCUUCAACCCAAAUUUCCCGAAUCAUUAGCAUUACUUUGCAAAUAUAUCACUGUAUUCUCAGCAGGGCUGGCAAUCAUUAAUGUUGUGCCUUGCUUCUUUCUGGAUGGUCAGUAUGUUAUAAAUGUACUUGUACUUUAUUUAUUGAAUUACAGGCCACAUAAUAAAAAUAUUAGAGAAGCCACUGUACUUACAAUAACAAGUAUAGGUACAUUGCUGCUUAUAAUAAACUUAAUGUAUUUACUUACAAAUAAAGUACUAUAAGCAAUC